AUCUUUAUUCUAAUCCCAACACUGUAUCACCCCCAUUUUUACUCCUCUCGUGUUGCACGUUUUCUGCUGUCUCUAUUUGAUGACCAUAUAAACUUCACCGUUACUGACAGAAAUCAAGAUCACCCAAGAGAGAGAAAGAGAGAGAGAGAGAGAGAGAGAUGGUGAGAACUCCAAGUUGUGACAAGAAUGGGCUGAAGAAGGGAACAUGGACACCUGAGGAAGACAAGAAGUUGGUAGAUUAUGUUGCUACUUAUGGCUGUUGGAACUGGCGACAACUUCCCAAGCAUGCAGGAUUAUCAAGGUGUGGCAAGAGUUGCAGACUGCGGUGGAUAAACUAUUUACGUCCAAAUGUCAAAAGAGGGAACUUUAGCAAAGAAGAAGACAAACUGAUUCUAGAAUUGCAUCAAUCACUUGGAAAUAGAUGGUCUAGUAUUGCAAUACACCUACCUGGAAGGACAGAUAACGAGAUUAAAAACCACUGGCAUUCAUCCCUUAAGAACCGGUCAGCUGCUUCCAAAUCAAAUUCAACAGUUGGAAACAGUUUCAAAAGGACAACUUGUAGUAAGGAAGAGAAGGCGAACGAAGCGUUUAAUAUCGAUUCGGUGUUGGACCAAGCUACUCAGAACAUACUUGAAAGCACUCCAAUCCUUACCUGCCGGCAGCCAUCAUCGUCCACCUUAUCGUCAUCGAACACUGCAUCUUCAAGCACAAACUACAAGGGUUCUGGUGUGGAAGAUGAUGCGUGUUCUAGGCAAGUGAUUGAAGAAAAAAUUGACGACUUUUGGACCGAACCAUUUUUGCAAGAUUUCGAUGGCAACAUUAACUGCACAACUGAUAAUUUCUUGAAGCCAUUGCUUGAGCUUGGAAUUCUUUAUCCGCCAUUUCCUAUUGAUGAUGAAGAAACCUUCUGGUUUUAUGGAUUACACAGUGAAAACACAAAUGAAGUUCAAUGGUGAAACAAUCUAUUUCAAUCUCACCGUGUUCAUCUUCUUUCACGCUUGCUGUGCUAUUUAAUUAUCUAAUUUUCAUAUAAGAAAAAAA